AUGUCCCGCGUGCCUGGAUGCAGACCGGCCCAGUUGCUCUGCUGCUGCGCGGUGCUGCAUCUCUGCAGCUACUUUCGGGUGGCCUUCAUCGCGCUCAGCGGCACUCCACGACACAGGGAGAUUAGGCAGAGCCUGCGUGCGGCCGCGAGCCGGGGAGGUCUCCCCAAACUCCUGGCUUCACGGGCGCCUGGUGUCAUCGUCUUCGGCGCCGACUACUGCGGCCCCUGCAAGGUGCUCUUGGGACGUCUCAAGAGGCUUGGCCUUCUGGGGCCGAAGGGCGCCGCUUAUGCAGAUGCCGAAGACCUCGCCCCUGGUGGCGGUGCAGAGCUGCUGAACGCGGUGCUGGCCGGAGCUCCUUUCAGCCCACCGCUGCCUGUGCUGGCUGUGCUGGGUCCUGGAGAGUUGCAACGCCUCGAAGCUGGCCAGGAGCUCUUGACCCUGGCCGAUGACGAGUUGACGGCACUGUGCACCAUCGACUAG